CUUCUUCUGCAGGCAAAAAUCAAAUCCACUUCCGAAAUACAUACAAAGCUCGCCGCAGAAUCAAAGAUGGCCGCAGUUGGUGCAGUGCGCGAUAACCAAGGUUCCGCCAACAGCGUCGAGACCGAAAACCUCGCUCGCUACGCCGUCGAUGAACACAACAAGAAGGAGAAUGAUCUGCUUGAGUUUGUAAGGGUAUUGGAUGAUAAGGUACAAGUGGUUUCGGGCACUAUGCAUUAUCUGAAAAUCGAGGCCACCGAUGGCGGAAAGAAGAAGGUUUAUGAAGCCAAGGUGUGGGUAAAGCCAUGGGAGAACUUCAAGCAAGUGCAGGAGUUCAAGCCCGUUUCCGACUCCUAGUUUGUUCGUCUCCAAGCAGGGGAUAGACGAGAAAGCAAAGUUCAAUAUGCUUCUAUAAGUGCAACAAGGGAGGCAAGGAAGAGAAGUUUAAAGCCGAAGUGCGUAAGAAUUAAGAAUAAUGAAGUUACCUUGAAUUUGUGGCAUGGCAAAUUGUGGUGUAUAUACAUGCUUUGGUUGCUGUUAAGUGUUUCUUCUGUGUCGUAAUCAAUAACAAAACCUGGUCACUAGUGAUGUUGUGUACUCGUUUUUCCAAUUUGUAUCUAUAUUAUAAGGUAUUAUAAGUCUA